AUGUCGGUGCGUCGAAAUGUCCGCAUGCGCCGCGAGUACUUGUAUCGCAAGGGCCUGGAAGGCCAAGAACGUGCGCAGUACGAACGCAAGUUGCAACUGAAGAAGGCGAUUGAGAGCGGCAAGUCCAUCCCCACGGAACUUCGCGGCGUCGAAGACAAGCUGCGCGCCGAAAUGGAGUACGACGACGACAAGCACAUCGUGCCCAAGUCCCAUAUCGACGACGAGUACCAGAACGCAGGCAUGUUUGAUCCCAAGAUCGCCGUCACCACGUCCCGCGAUCCCAGUGCUCGACUCAAGAAAUUCGCACAGGAAGUACGCCUAAUCUUUCCCAACGCGAUCCGACUCAACCGUGGCGCGCAUACCGUCGGAGACCUCGUGGAAUCGGCGCGAGCCAACGAAUUCACGGACCUCGUCAUUAUCACGGAAACGCGCGGUGAACCAGCUACAGACGGGUUGGUGGUGUGUCACUUGCCGUACGGACCGACCGCGUACUUUUCGCUGCAGAACGUUGUCAUGCGUCAUGACAUUGAAGACCGCGCGACCAUCUCCGAAGCAUAUCCGCACAUCAUCCUGAACCAGUUUGAAACCCCGCUGGGUCAACGCGUUGGCAACAUCCUGAAGCACUUGUUUCCCGUGCCAAAGCCCGACUCGAAGCGAGUCAUUACGUUUUCAAACCAAGACGACUUUUUGUCGUUCCGCCACCACGUGUUCAAGAAAACCGGGCGUGAAGUUGACCUGCUCGAGUGCGGACCGCGCUUCGAGCUGCAGCUGUACCAAAUCAAGCUCGGCACAUUCGAUCAGAAGGAGGCUGAAAACGAAUGGGUGCUCCGUCCGUACAUGAACACGGCCAAGAAGCGCAAAGUGAUAUAG